AUGAAAGUUUAUUCAAUUGGUUUAUUUAAAGUUGUACCAGGUAAUAAACCUGUGUUAUUAAAUAUUGUUUAUGAAUUAUCAUCAUUUGGAUUCUUUCAGAGAGGUUCAGUAAAAGAAGUGUCAUUAUUUGUAUCAAGAGAGACAGUUGGUCGUACCAAUGUGGGAGAGAGAGUUUCAAUGGAACAUACACAAACUCAAAAAGUUUGUCAUACAACAGUAGAUAGUAAAGGUUUAGGAUGUAGCGUUUUAACAGAUUCAGAAUAUCCAGGUCGUGUUGCACAUACACUCAUUCGUAUUUGUCUAGAAGAAUUUUAUAAAGUACAUCCAGAAUCUGAAUGGAGAGGUUUACAAUCAGAUGUAGAACUUCAAACACCAGCAUUAGAUCAACUAUUAUUAAAAUAUCAAAAUCCAGAAACUGCCGAUCCAAUGAUGAACCUUCAAAAGAAUUUAGAUGAAACUAUUACCAUCGUAAAGAAAACUGUCGAACAAUUAGGUCAAAGAGGUGAGAAAUUAGAUGAUUUAGCCGCAAAAAGUGAUGAUCUCAGUUUUCAAAGUAAAGCCUUUAUGAAUAAUGCUGAAAGAAUGAAUAAAUGUUGUGGUUAUGUAUAA